UGAUUUACGGGUCUGAUUGAAAAUCGAAUCUUUGUGAAACAGUGAUUUUUCACUGCUCUGUAUCAAGAGAGGAAGAAGGUGAUGGAGAACAAACACCAUACUACCACCGACCCCAGGGGGUUUGUUACCGUCGAGCUGGGCAUGGAGGACCGCGGAAACAUGCAGCAUGCUGGAGCUAAAAGGUUGGACCGGAGCUUAUCAGGAGUUCAGCUUGUCUCGUCUUGGUGGCUGGCACUGUCUCACGAUGCCCCGGAAGGGAUAGGCAUCGCAGGAGUCAAGUACGUCCUGAUGUCUAGGGAGAGCAGAUUGAGGAGACUGGGAUGGUUAGUCAUCCUCAUGGUUGCUAUGACAAUAGUCUCUUAUGAGAUCGUAGACAGGGGUAUUUAUUUCUCAACUGGCCCUCUCUCGGUGAACAUUGCUGUGAAUCAGAGUGAAAAGGAGCUCACAUUUCCGAAGGUCGUCGUUUGCAACUAUAAUAUUUACGUGAAAUCAAAAAUGCAGGCCUUACCAGCAGUCGAUAAAGUUUUGAGGAAUUAUGAGUACCACCACUACGAUCCCAAUAGGACCAUUGCGUUAACACCGGAGGAGGUGUCAGAAGUUAAAGCUACGGACACGGCCCGAUUGUUAGAGCAAGUAGCGCAUGAAAAAGAGCACAUGUUUCUCAGAGCGAAUUUUGCCGGGAAACCGAUCAAUCUGGACGACAUUGUACCGGUAUUUACCAAAGAGGGGCGGUGCUUCGAGAUUAACGACGGUCUCAAUGGUACGGAGCUCCUUAAAUCCAAAGGAAUAGGUAGAGCGUUUGGCAUGACUCUGGUUCUGAACACGGAACAAGAUGAAUAUUACUACAACAAAUACCUGAACGACGCAGCGGGAUUCAUUAUCCAGCUACUAGAUCAAGAUGAAGUGCCUCAAGUAUUAGAGCAGGGGUUUGAUGUUGGACCGGGCACACUUACUUCUGUCGCCAUUAUGGCUACUCAGCAUAUCUAUGAAAAGCCACCUUACGGCGUCUGUGGAGAAAAGAAAGAGAAAUUUUAUGAGAAGUAUUCACAGCAAAAGUGUGAUUUGGAAUGCACGACGGAUUAUGUUGUUGGCGAGUGUGGAUGCAGAACAGCAUAUAUGCCUGGUAACGCAACAGUUUGUGACCCGAUUACCACCGCUACCUGUACGACAUUUAUUAUUGACAAAGGGCAUGGCGAGUAUGAUAACUGCACGUGCCCGAUCGAAUGCGAGAAAAAGACAUUUUCUGCGUCACUGUCAUCUGCCAAGUACCCUUCGGAUUUCCGUGCUAAUCUCUUUGAAGAAUACCUGAAUGAAAGCGUGCUCAACUUUCCCUCUCUCAAACGAGCUGAUAGUUCCUUCAUCAAGGAUAACUUUGUAGCAGUUGAUCUGUUUUUCUCUAGUUUGGGAACUAAUGUAAUAACUCAGCAGGCAUCCUAUACUAUCGUUUCUUUCAUGUGCGACGCAGGGGGUGCUAUGGGCUUAUGGCUUGGCGGCAGUCUCCUGACACUUUAUGAAAUAAUCGAUCUUUGUGGACACUCAUUCUUCUCUACGAGACACCCAUAGUUAAAGUCAUAGACAGGAUGAUGAAAAGAUAAUUGUUUUUUUUGGAAAAAUUGAUUAGAGACCAAACAGAUAUUUGCGAAUAUACAAAAUAACUAGGAACCCGUCGGUCUGCAGUGGAUCUAGAUCCGGUUUGAUAGUGUGAUUGACUUGGUAUGAGAAGCACGGAACAAUCGCGAUAAAGGUUGGGCGACCCCAGCCUGGGGAGAGGGUGAUUGAUGAUCCGAUAUUUUCCGGCAAAUUUAUUUCGAACUUAAAAUUGUUCAUACCCUUAAUACCAUAAUUUUUAACUUUAAAAAGCUGGUGGAAAUAUAUUUGUCCCGAUUUGUGUUUCAUGAGAGUAUGGCAUAUUAAAGCUUACAUCUUAAAGUAUUCAACAAGGUCCCAAUUCAACAAGUCCAUCAUUCAUUCUUGAGUUACGAAAAGCACAAACUUCAAAUCUACAAGCAAUAUGAAGGAUAUUUAGUGGUACACUGUAUUUAUAGAUUUUAGCAAUAUUUGAGCAAAGUUCGGAUUAACUUCAUGAACUCUCUAUUGCUCCUCGCCUCCCUCCCAUCAUCUAUUCGCGAAAUUGACAACCUUGACCACUUAAAAGCUUCACUCAAAACUCACAUCUUCCUUCAGACAUUGAAAUGCUAACUUUAUUGGAGGAGCUCGUGCCUUUGAAUGUUUUUGUGAAACAGAUUAUGGCGCCAUACAAAUGCUGUGAAUCAUCAUCAUCAUCAACCCUAGAUCCCACAGUACUACAGGAACAAUUAUUACCAGUAACUUCAUGGUCAGACACUUUCUUUCAAACUUCCCACGCACGACCAGUGCUCAGUUUUAGGUUCCUUUUUAAGUUUGGUUUGAGUCUGUGAAAAUGUUUUCUUCACCAUCACCAAAAUUCAAGGUUCAGACAUAACAGCACCAACAACAGCAAUAACAAUAAUGAGGCUGGGACUACCUUAAAGCAUUUUAUUACAGGCAUCUGCAUAUUUCUUCAUGGCGAGUAAAAGAUUGUAUAUAAUAUGUUAAAUAACUGAUUUCAAACUCAAUGCAUCCCACGAGGAUGAAGCUUACAUGUGAUAUUUCAGAUUGAAGCCAUAUUCAAUAAUGAAUACAUGUUCUUACUGCGCUGAACAAUUAAGAAAUGCAGCAUAUAUAAGAAUUAUAAUACACCUAUAUAAAAAAAUACUUUGUACAUUAUACCGUCACAUAUAUAAUAGUAA